AUGGCACCCGAAAUUACCCCAAACACAUUUCUCACGACCACGGAUUGUUCAUCAGGCCAGAAGACGACAAUCUUCUUCAUCUCCGGCAACCCGGGUCUGAUCGGCUACUACCACCCAUUCCUCUCUCUACUCUCAAAGUAUCUAGAAGACCCAAAAGAGGAAUAUUCACUAAACCCACCAUCAUUUCAAAUCUACGGCUGUUCUCUCGGCGGCUUCGAAAUCGACGAACACCACCAGCCUUCACCGUCGCCGUCGCCGAACGAUGGCAUUGAUCUCAGCCUGGAAGAUCAGAUUUGCUUUGUUCAGGGGAAACUUGCUACCCUGAUGGGAGACGAAACCAACGGUAACAGUACUGUGAAUUCCGGAAGCAGACAAAAAGUCAUCCUGAUCGGACAUUCUGUUGGUGCAUAUAUUGCCAUGGAAAUUCUACGACGGCACCGCGAAGCGAGGCCAGAAAGCACUUUCGAUAUUGUCGGUGGAGCAAUGCUCUUCCCGACAGUUAAGGAUAUUGCAGCGUCGCCUUCAGGACAGAAAUUGACGACUCUACUUUCGAUCAUUCCUCGUCUUGCGGUGGUGGUUAGUUUCUUCGCCCGACUACUUACAUUCCUACUUCCGGCAUCACUUCUUCGAUCUGUGGUCCGACUCUUCAUGGGUGAUCCACCGGAUCAUGCUUUGGACACUACCUGUUCUUUUUUGAAGAGUCCACGCGGAGUACGGCAAGCUUUACAUAUGGCUGCCGAUGAAAUGCGGACUAUCACUUCCGACAAAUGGUGUGAUGAUGUUUGGGGUGCUGCGUCGGCUCCUGAUCAGACGAGGGAUGAGAUUGUUGCCAUGCGCGGGCAGAAGGGAGGACAGGCGGGGCCGACUAUGGUUGUUUGUGAAGAAGGCUUGCCGCAUGCCUUUUGUUUGAAGCACAGCGAUGUGAUGGCGCGAGAAGUUGCGGGGAUGAUUAGGCAGAUUGUGGCCUAA